UUCAAUUUUUACGUUUAAAAUAGAUAUUUAUAGGGUUAUAAAGGUGGAGCUUCUGCUUUGUGUGUCUGCUGGGUAGUCACAAAGUUUUCGGUUAGUUAAAAUAAAACAGCUGUUAAUAAGCAAACAGAAAAUACCGCUAACAUAAACGUUUUGUACUAAGUUUAGUUAAUUUAAAAAUGUGAAAGAAAGAAAAAAUUUGUGUAUUUGUAAAAACAUCUUUGGUUAAAACCAUAAAAAAAAAAGAAGAUUUGAAAAAUAUCAAGCUAUAAACAAUGAUUUUUGUUUCGUCUAUGAUUCUUAAAAGAUUGGUUUUACUUAUUUUUAAUCAAGUUUUAUCUCAAAAGUGCCGAAACGGUGUUUUGAAGAAAGAAGGUUUAUUUAGAAUAUAUGCUUUACUUUCAGUUCACACGUGCGAUCAGAAUACAAUUAGGUAUCGGGGUGUUGCUCAAACAGAAGCUUUGAUAUAUACUAUUGAAAGAGCUAAUCUCUUUUUUAAAAAACCAAUGAUUGGAUAUACUAUAUACGACGUUGAUGACUACGAAAAUAUGGACUAUUUAGUAAAUGCUACAUUAGAUAUUACCCUUUCUUCUGUUGAACGUUUGUCAUCUUUCAAUGAUUCCACAACAUCAACUUUAUCAAAGUCAAAUAAGUUUGAAUCAACAACCCUGGGAUUAGUUGGACUUGUCACGUCGGCUAACGCCAAAUACGCUCACCAUACAUUCUCUUACAUCAACCUUCCGGUAAUUAGCUACUCGGCGACAAGUGAUGAGUUAAGUAAUAAAGACUUAUACCCAAAUUUUUAUCGUACUGUACCUCCUGAUGUUUUUCAGGUUACACUUAUAUCAAACCUUUUAAAGUUUUUUAAUUGGACUUACGUAUCUAUUGUUGCUUCAGAUGAUUCCUACGGUAGGUCAGGUGCACUACAAUUAUCUCGAAAAUUGGGCGAAGAUGGUAUUUGUGUACAUUCUAAAAGUGUAAUCACAGAUCAAAAUAAAAAAAUUGAUCUUAUUAUAAAUUUAAAUUCUAACCCUAAAAUUAAAGUCAUAGUUUACUGGGGAAACUUUAUUUCAUUAAAACUUCUCCUCUCUAAAUCAAAAAAGUGUAAACUAUAUGGAAAAGUGUGGAUAUUAAGUGAAGGAGUUGGUUUGGAAAACUGGCUUAUUGAGUUUAUAAAAACUUUUCAAGGUAAAAUUAUCAUGAUUAAUCCGCAUACUUAUAUUGAAGAAAAUUUUAAAGAGCAUUUUUUAAAUUUAACAUACAAUAAAAGUAGUCCAUGGCUUCAAAAAUUAUUUAAACAAACGAAUCCACUUAAAACCGAACUUGUAAUGAGAAACUUCGGCGAACUAUUUGAUUAUAGACGCGUUGGUUACCUUCAAACAUCAGUAAAUGCACUAAUUUAUGCUUUUAUAAAGUAUACGGAAAGUAUUUGUAGCAAAGAACCAUGUUUAAAGGCAAUAGUUUCCAUAAAAAAUAGAAAAAAAUUCAACAACAUUUUGAGAAAUGCAAACUUUUUGUAUAAAUUUAAUGAAACAUUUACAUUUGACAACAAUCAAGAUCCAACAACAGCAAGUUAUGAUCUUUACGUAGUGACUGACUUGGGGUUUAAGCAUUCUGCUUCUUGGACAUCAACUAAAGGUUUUACAAUAACCAAUUACACACAUUUAGAAUCUUUUCAAAUUUCUUCAUCUUGCUCCAAGCCAUGCCCACCGGGUCAAUAUAGCGUUUUCAAAUAUAAUGGGUUCUGGGCUUGUGUUUUAUGUCCAGAAAAUUAUGUUAAAAGUUCUAGUGGUGAUGCAAAAUGCAUUCCAUGUAACAUAACAGAAAACUUUAUAAGUAAUUCUAACAGAACAAAAUGUGUCAGGUUAAAUCAUAUUUAUUGGAAUUUAUCUAUUUACACAAGUCAUAUGCUUGCUUCAUUGUUUUUUUCUGUCACAGGUGCAGCCAUAACUAUAGCUUUUAUGCUAACAUUUUUUCUUAAAAGAAACACACCGGCCGUAAGAUCAUCAAAUUUUUAUUUGUCUAUGGUACAAAUGACGUUUCAUUUUUCCUUAUUUAGCCUAAUAUUUUUAGUUAUAGGAAAAGAAUCGUAUUGGAAAUGUAUUUCUACAACGUUUAUUAGCGGAAUAUUAUAUUUUGGGAUUAUUACAUUGAUUUGGUUAAAAGUAAGAAGAUUAGUGGCAAUAUUUGGUACAAUACAAAAAAUGAGAAAAAGAGACAUAAAACGUAUAAGGUUUACAGAAUUUUUAAUAUUUUUAACAUCAAAUUUAUUUCAUAUUUUAUUGAUGUUAGUAAUUAAUAUAAUUCAACCAUUACGCGUCAUUCAAAUAGUUAAUAAAGACGAAUUAACUCUACACAAAUUAUGCAAGUCAGAAACUUAUAUGAUAGCACAUAUUGGUUGUGUUCUGCUUUUAAUAUUUUUUUGUGCCAUUGAGAUGUUUAGAGGAAGGAAUGUGCCUUGGAAAUACAACGAGACAAAGGUUAUUGCAUUUGGAAUAUUUUCCUCCAUUUUAGUCAAGAUAAUUGCUGUACCACUAGGAUUUAGUAUAUCUGAAGGUAAUAAUUACAAGCUCAUGCUAUGCAUUGCUGUCAAUAUUUCAAACUUAAUUCUUUUGAUUUCUUCUUAUAUAUCAAAAAUUAGGACUAUUUGGUUUCAAUCAAAAAAAAACAAUUGGGCUGAUUUUCGAACAGGGUUUCGAAAGAAUAUGAACUCCGAUUGUUCAUUAAGUUCACUUUCAGCAAAUAAAAAAAUUUGAACAUAUUAUUUUUAAGAGAACAUAUUUUAAAGGUU